AUGUAUAUGACUCUUGCCGUUAUGGCGCUCAUGGGCGCAGCUCAUGCCCACAUGCACCUGCAAUUCCCCCCAACUUUGAGGGGUGAUAACAACCCCUUCACCAAGCAGGUUGACCCCAAGCUCAACUACCCCUACGGCUGCUGUGGAAUGGAACCUCUCGAUACUUGCCACGGCCAUCUUGAUGCUCUUGACACUGACGAAGGUCAAUCUGUCGUGACCUGGAAAGCUGGUCAAACCGCCAACUUCACGCUCUCGGGCCACAGGAUCCGUUCUGAAAUUGAGAACCCUGAGGGAGGUACCCAUUACGGGGGCUCAUGCCAAAUCGGGUUCUCCGUUGAUGGUGGUAAGACGUUCAAGAUCGCCUCAACCUGGAAUGGGAACUGUCCUUUGCGCGAGGGCUCUCAAGAUCCCAGCACCCAGAAGUUCGACUUCACCGUCCCAGCAGACAUGCCUUCUGGAAAGGCAGUCUUCGCCUGGACUUGGAUCAAUCGUGAGAAGGAAUUCAACAUGAACUGCGCAUCGGUCACCAUCACUGGCGGUAAAAGCGAAUCCCCCAAGGGCCCACAGCAAAGUGCUUCUCCCACCAAGCCACAGCAGAGUGCCACCCCUACUCCACCAAGUUCACAGCCUCCGAACCAGCAGUACACACUCUCUGGUUGCACGUGCGAGUGUCCAAGCGACUCAUGGACUAAAGGCUGCGAAUGCUACGACUGCACGUCGCCCAAGACAAAGCGUCACCUCGUGGCCCGACAAGCCUUGGAUCUCCACAAGCGUCGCCUCCAGAGCUUUGCAUCACGCAACACCAAUGCCCGACGCGUUGUGGCCUUCGCCCAACGUGGAAACAUGAUGAUCAACCCCAGCGGCUGCGACCUUCCAGGUAACCCCAACGAAGUCGAGUUUGACCCUGCCGGUGGUGAAAUUCAUGAGGGCGAUGGCGAGUACAACCUCGCUCCGCUUCAGUGCUGA